AUGAUUAUAAUGCUGUCCACUGUUACAGUGUUCUGCAGAGCUGUUUCAGUCACAGGCCUGCCCACAAGCAGCCCAGGAACAUCUGAAGAUAUCCUAAAUCCAAGCUCCAAGGAGCCCAGCAGCAGCCACAAGACCAGGAUCACUGUGGGGACUUCUCUUAGGAAGACUCCAAAAGAGACUGUCCCUGUGGAUACCACAGUGGGACUGGCCACCCUUCAGUCCCCGAACACAGGGAGUGUCAGCACCAAACUCCUUCCCUUGCCCACAGGAAACACGAUGACAGCAGAAUCAUCCACAGAAAUGGCAGUAGUUACAAAUAACAUCUCACACUCCACACAUCCGGCUGAGGCCUGGGCUAGUACUUAUUCUGGGACACCAGAAGGGACAAGCCAGUCAAGAGGAACAAUGUCCUCUUUCCACCCAGAAUCAACUUCUGUAGGUGCCACAGGGAAGGUUCAGCAAGUCAGCUCAGGCUUGACUUCAAAGACAACUGAAAUGGACUUGUCCACACGGUUUGGCUCCACCGAGGGGACCGCAGUGGACACUCAUUUCCCCUUGAGCACAUCUUCCACUGGUCUUCAAGACUCUGCAACACGUUUAGUUAUCUCCAAGGUAGCCACAGGCUCAGUGGCAGAUAAAUCUGAACUUAAAACCAUGCCGUGGGUCAGCACCGUGGUCAUUCCUUCCACGGCCUUCAGUACAAAGGCAAUGGCAGUUGAACGACAGACAGGUGGAUCUGUGGGGAAGGCUUAUUCAUCUGGCCCAUGGCCAAAGCAGAUACCUGGGAGUGACCCAAUGUCGAGUGCCUCCCCUGUGAAGCCAGACACAGCUACCACCACCCUCACAACCCACAUUCCUCCAACAGGACCUUGGACUUCUGACAGGUCAGAAGGCUCAGCCACUAUCAGCCUCACCAGUAUGGCAAAAGACACAACUGGUUCCUCUAUAUCUGCUACUUCCCCUUUAGUGGGGCCCAAUUCUGAGUCCAUCACUGGACUGGAGACCACUGAAAUGGCAUCUCCACCUGGGGUCCCUUCUGUGACAUCAUAUCCGACAGAACUAACAAGCAAGGGUGGGGCUCUCACCUUGGUGAUCAUCACCUCCAGCCCCAGGGGAGCAAGGUCAGUUUCAACUAUAAUGACUAGCCCGGAGAGGAAGUCCAGGGCCACAGUCAGCACCCAAGCACCAGGGACCUCUCCAUGGACUGUCACAGACACAGCUGUCCAGUCACAUGUCACUGGUUUGCCCAAAGUCAGUUCUACAGGGAGGACACUUUCCUCCUCAGCAGUGGCUACUGGAACAGCUGAACAACAAACAAGUGUAUCUGUGGGUGCGGCUUAUUCAUCUGCUAUCACACGGUCAGACAAGACAACUGGGAGUGAUCUGAUUCAUGGUGCAUCUCUAGAAGCCACAGACACAUUGCAUCUCACCUCCAGAGAACAAACCACAUCGGCAACUCUGACCUUUAAAAGCCAAGCCAUCACCAGCCCUACCAAUGAUGCUUCAGGAGGAAAAAUGAACUCUUCACCAUCUGGUGUAUUUCCUUCAAUGGAGUCUAAGACGCUGGUGGCCGUCACAAGUGUAACGACUAGUAAGGCUGCCUCUAUGACUGAGCAACUGUCACAGACCUCAUUUCCUGCAGAAGCGAGCAUGAUGAGUAUGACCACAGCCCCCCCUCCACGUGUCAUCACCACUAUCACCACUAUGGGAACCAACUCAGUCCUGACUACCAUGUCCAACCCAGAGAGGAGAGAGAGCACCAUGGACAGCAACCUGGCUACGGAGACCUUCACAUCUGCCAUGGAGCAUCCUUCCACCUGGUCAUCCACAACUGCUUCUGCCUCAACAUCAGGCUCCUCGGCUAUGAAAGACAUAACUUCAAUUUUGAAAGUCACAGGUUCUCCCAAAACAACUUCUGCAAUGGGCACAACUUCAUCCUUAGCAUCAAGCACAGAAUCAGGCUCUUUAUCUACUCCCCAUGGCAUUAUGACUGUUACUGGAACCAGCCCACCCAGUCCAUCUUCUCAUGCUUCAGCUGAAGAUAUGAGGUCCACAAAUAUGAGAACAUUGACUCCUUCAGACACAACUGCAUCUAUGCCCAUUUCAACUUCUGGUAUCGAGAAGAUGAACACCUUACUUCCUGACAUUUUAGACACAAGUUGGACUACCAGUAAAAGAAAUAUGGAAGUUCUGCCUGGUUCAAUGGCUUUCACUGACCAUCCAAAUACAAAGACUGACCCCAAUAUCCUCCUAUCCGUUUCACUGCGUGAUUCUCUGCCCACACAUGACUGGACUACUGGGAAACCUGUGUCACCAGCCACAACCACUACCUCCACUCCUCAAGGGGACACAACUCAAAAAUUCAAUGUAAUGAACACGAUCAAACCAACUACCUCAUACAUACCAUUCUUUACAACGGAAAUAGGUAUAGCUCCUUUGCUAAGUUACACUCCUACAAAUGAAGAGAGAAGAACAGAGAAAUACACCAAUGACAAAAUAUCUACCCCAACACUUCCUCAGUCCAUGAGGUCAUCAGAUACUACCAGGGGCCAUAUAAUGAAAGUUGUGACAAAUGGUGAAAAACUAACCAUGAGUGAACAGAAUGGUACUACUAGGACUACAUCUGAGGGCACGCUAGCCUUGGGUACCUCAGCCAUAGCAUCAAGGGCAGAGAUGCACUCGGCUGCGACUCAGGGUUCUAGACACUCAGAGACGACCACUAGCAUGGACAGACAUUCAGAGGAUGUGUCACACCCAAGCCCUUCCUCUGAGCAGGACAUCAGCUCUCCAUCUUCCCUGGUGCCUUUAUCUUCCAUGACCUCAUCCUCUACAGUGUCCCCCACACUGCCAACCAGUAAUCCUCCUUCUCUUGUACUUGUCACGUCACCUCUCACCCAUGGCCUGCUGAGGACCCACAGCACUUGGAACACAAGCUUGGAAGGUGUGAUCAGUUCACCCUCAGGUCUGAGUAAAACCUCAGUAGAGAUUCAGGCCUCGUCUGAAGACUCUACUGAUACAGAGGCCACUCACCUUCCCCAAAACACAGCAGUGACCUACGUAGGGACCCUCAGUUCUGCAUGGGAAUCUAAUCCCGUGGCCCCAGCGGGCUUACAGCCAGACACAGGCACAUCUCAUGUCAAGACCUCCUCCAUUGGUGGGGAUGCCAUGGCUUCCACAAAAGGGUCGGGCCUCUCUGGAACCACGGAGACUGAGACACCAUCAAAGAUGUCCCUGGCCCCAGACCCAUGGGAAACCAACAUGUUCCGGCACACCAGCUCAGCCACAGAGGAAAUCACUGUCCCUUCCAAGGUGUCCACAGGACAUCAGCUCUCCAUCUUCCUUGGUGCCUUUACAUGCCAUGACCUCGUCCUCUGCAGUGUCCUCCACUCUCCCAGCCAGUAG